CUUAUUUUGAAAAAACUAACCGGAUGUUAAUUUAAUUCCCUCUUCUAGCCGUAUUAGCAUUAGCGUUAGCGACACAUUAGUUUUAUUUGUUCGUGAUUUGAUCGGAACUGUAAUAAAUGGGCCGAUAUAAGUGUGCAUACAACUGCGAGUACUCAAGCGAUUCGGAGGUUAAGUUCUUCAAGUUCCCCCUGUGCAGUCCCAGAAAACUUAAAAAAUGGCUCUCGAACAUGAAGUGGGACGACUGGACUCCGACUCGCUUCUCUGUGCUGUGCAGCAAUCAUUUUGAGGAACAAUGCAUCGACAGAACUGGAAAACACGUGACUCUUAGAGAAGAUGCCGUUCCCACCAUAUUUACAUCCUGUGAGAACAUGCAAAGUAAAAAGGCCUUUAGCAACCAAAGAUGUAAGAAAGCCAAGGCUCCUGGUGCUAAAGCUGGAGAGAAAGAGACCGCUCAGUUCCCUCCUCUAACCUCUGAGAACAGAGAACCCGAUCAGACAGGGGAGGAACCCUCGGGAGACCAAGACCAGCAGAAGACAGAGAAAUGGAGAAUCAUCGUUGAUGAGAGGCUGAUGAAGAUCCAGUCGUUUCCUCACUUCUUUCAUGGAGAUUACUGCACACCACAUCAGACUAUUCAGUGGGCUCCAGAUGACGAUUUUAGUGUUUCGCAGACAGACUGUGAAGAUGCUGAACAUACUAUAGAGGUGAAAGAGCCAUGGCAGUGGCUGGGCUUGGACAUCAGAGGACCAAUGCCGCAGACGCUGAACGGACACAAGUACAUAUUAACUGUGACUGAUUACUACUCCAAAUGGGUGGAGGCUUCGCCGAUGCCAUCGUGCCUCCCUCCUUGUGUGGCGAAGAACAUCUCAGACAUUAUUGCUCAUUUUGGAUACCCUCUCAGAAUUCUCUCCAGGUUGCCCCCUGACGUCGUGCACCAGAUCAACCUUCAGCUGAAAGAUCAGCUGAAGGUUGCUGCUGCUCUUCUGGUGCAUCAUCAGCAAACGGGCACGGCCGAUCUGAUCACGCCUCAGCUGAUCGACAGGAUGGUAAGUGAUCUAACGGAGGAGCAUCCAGCUGACUGGGAUGUUUACCUGCCUGCAAAAGUCUUCAGUCUUUGUUUCGAGGAGCAUUCAGCGACUAAGGAGAGGCCUUUUUCAGUGCUGUGUGUUAACGGACUAGAGCCGGUCCAGUCCCCCAGAGGAGUUGAUUUUACAAACGCCAAGAUCCAAGAAAGUGCUUUUGUGAUUAGAUAGAUUCAUUUGGUUAUUUCAAUCAGAGACCAAACUGGAUUCAUGACCAAACCAGUGAGGAGUAUUUUCCUGGUGUGUUGCAUUAUGGACCGAAUGGGAAAGUCAUAUUCUGGAUGAUUUUAUCAGGAUGACUUGGUUCAGUGGACAGAAACUACCGAUAAAACUCCAAAUGUCUGCUUCCAUGUGUUUAGGUUUCUUCACACUCUUUAAGAAAUAUUUAUUAAAGCGAGGAUGAUAUUCAGCC